CAUGAAUGACCAGCUAUGGGCCUCUGAGUGACCUGACAGCCAAAGUCGCCGAGUUGCCGUUCAGCUUGCUGAUGACGACUGAUGAAAUGAUGGGCAAAAGGUUCAACCCAGUCUCUCCUCGAUUGGUGUGUGUGUUGCUAGUAUGAGUGAAGUGGGUGUGUUUGUGUGUUCAUUGUGUGAAUUUGCUGAUGCUGAUUGAUGUCGAGGCCGAGCAAUGACAAGAAGGCAAAUGGCUGUUUAGCAAGAUCUGACUGAGGAUAUAAGUCCUUUCCAAAUCUAAGUGUGUGUGCCUGUGACCUCAGCCAUGUUUUGGAAGUUUGACCUACACACGUCUUCUCACCUGGAGGCUUUACUUGACAAAGAGGAUGUCACUCUCACUGAGCUCAUGGACGAGGAAGAUGUGCUGCAGGAGUGCAAGGCUCAGAACAGGAGACUUCUCCUGUUCUUGUGCCAGGACCAGUGCAUGCAGGAGCUGGUCCGUAUGAUUACCACAGAGCCCCCUGCUGGUGUAGAAGAGAUCAAGCGUUUCAAGUAUCCAAAUAUAGCCUGUGAGCUGUUGACAAGUGAUGUGGGAGUGAUCAAUGAUAAGCUGGGUAAUGAGGAGCCUCUGCUGGAAACUCUGUAUGCCUUCCUGGAGCAGCCGUCCCCACUUAACCCACUCCUGGCAUCUUUCUUUAGCAAGACAAUUGGGAACCUUAUCACACGGAAGACUGAGCAGGUGCUUAGUUUCCUGCGACGGAAGGAGGGAUUCCUCUCCCUGGUGCUGAAGCAUAUUGAUACAUCAGCCAUGAUGGAUGUGCUCCUAAGACUUAUCAGCUGUGUGGAGCCACCCCCUCUUCGGCUUGAGACACUCACUUGGCUGAAUGAAGAGAAACUCGCCCAGAGACUCAUAGAGCUCAUUCACCCUGAGAGAGAUGAAGAGAGGCAGUCCAAUGCAUCUCAGACUUUGUGCGACAUCAUUCGACUGAGCAGAGACCAGGCCAAUCAGCUCCAAGAGAUUUCACAGCCUGACCCUUUGCUGACUGUGCUGGAGUCGCAGGAGUGUGUUGAGCAGUUGUUGCAGAAUAUGUUCUCAGGACAGAGUACUGAGAGCUGUAUCGUCAAUGGCAUUCAAGUUCUUCUCACAUUACUGGAAAUCAGGAGGCCUGUGGUGGAUGGUGUAAUGGAUGCUCAGGGAUUUGAGAGAAGUUACACUGUUAACAGCAGCAUUUUGUUGGCCAUCCAACCACACUUGAUACACUUCCACCAGCUACUCCUGGCACCACCCAAGCGAAAUCCCAUGCUGACUACUCUGGGUGUGCUGGAGGAACCAUUAGGGAACACACGUCUGCACGUAGCCAGACUGGUGGCCUCUCUGCUAUAUACCAGCUCUGCUAGCCACGCAGUCGUAGCACAGGAACUCUGCCGACUCAAUACAAUGGACCUGCUGCUGGACUUGUUCUUCAAGUAUACUUGGAACAACUUCCUGCACCUCCAAGUGGAGCUUUGUGUUGCUGCCAUCCUCCGUCCCUGUGCCCAUGAAAUGAGACUUCAGCCUGGCUUGGGAGCCCAGGAAAAAUUCAAGCCUAAUCAGGAUGCUUCACAAGAGCAGGCUUUGACUGAAACCCCUUCUGAACCUCCAGUCACCCCUGAAAACUCUGCACAUAAUCUAAUGGUGACUCAUUUGUUUCAGCACUGCCACCUUGUCCAGAGGAUUCUGGAGGCUUGGGAAGAGAAUGAUAAAAUACAGUCAGAAGGUGGUAUGAGAAGAGGGUACAUGGGACAUCUGACCAGGAUUGCCAACACAGUAGUCCACAAUUUGGAGAAGGGCCCAGUUCACACACAGAUUAGUAGCCUCAUCACAGAGCUGCCAGAGGACUACAGAGGGCGCUGGGAAACCUUUGUGGACCAGACCCUGUCAGAGACCAAUAGGAAGAACACCAUAGACCUGAUUGGCACUGGAAACCCACGCCCAUCCUCAGAGGAUGAUAUGGAGAGCCCCUUCCCUAAAGAACUGACACUACAGCAGGCCUUUUCAGACUACCAGAUCCAGCAGAUGACGGCUAACUUUGUGGAUCAGUUUGGCUUCAAUGAUGAGGAGUUUACCGAUCAUGAUGACAGCAUUGGGGCAACGUUUGACCGAAUUGCAGAGAUCAACAUCAACAUUGAUGCAGGCCAGGACAGUGCCAACACAGCUGUGUUUGAAGCCUGUUCCAAAGAGAGGAUUCAGCCCUUCGAUGAUGAUGAAGAGGACAUUUGGGAGGAGAAAGAGAUCAACUUUGCAACACAAACCAAGUCCCGUAGCCGGUCAGACACACCACAGUUUGGUGGGUCACGAUCAUCCCAGAGCCAAGCAGCCAGUAAAGCUUGUGAUAGGACAGCAACUUCUGGCACUGAGGCCUCUGACAGAGCAGCAGACUCAGACUCUGAGGAGGGAGAGGAUCCUAAAGAUGACCUGGAUCCUUUCUCAAGCCAGGGCCAGUCCGAGGCAACAAAGAGCACAGGCUGGAUAGCAGACUUUGGGGAGGUGAACUCAAAGGCUCCUGCAGCAGGAGUGGGUUUUUCAGCCUGGGACACUCCGGACUCCCAGCCAGCUGCCACAGAGGCAGAAGAGAAAGGAUGGGCCAAGUUCACUGACUUCCAGCCUUUCUGUUGCUCUGAAACAGGCCCCAGAUGUAGCUCCCCUGUGGACUCGGAGCUCAGUGGAUCAGACAGCACCAAACCAAACCAGAACCCGUGUGUGUGGAGUGUGUGCGUGGCGAGAAAAGCUCCACUGGUGGCGUCGGACAGCUCUUCCUCCAGCAGCUCAGACAGCGAUGAGGAGGAAGGCAAGACAGAGUCUGCGACCAGUGAGACGUUCACCACAGAGACCAUCACCACAGGGGCUGGCAAGGAGACCAUUCGGCUCAGCGUGGACGCUAAAAACGAGAGGGCAGUCUUCAGCAGCGAAGCAGACAAGGUGCCAGUAGAGGGACUCGCCAUCAAAGACAAAGGGAUAGGCAAUGAGAAAGAAAGCGAGAGUGGAAAGAAACAUGGAGAUGGUCCCAGCCCGACUACAGCCAGUCCAACUACCCAGCCAGCUGCUGUCACACAAGAGAUGCAGCCCUCUCCUAAUGGACCGGCCUAACGACGCAGCACAGGCACACACACAAACACACUCUACACACACACACACACGCACACACACAUACACACACUUCAUACCUGUCCAUUCAACACACAGCCAUGCCACCUUUGCUUCCUGUUCGCAGCCCUCCUACGCCCUUGUUUUUUAAUCUGAAGAAUGGGAGAUCCUCAGUGUUGACGUCAAACGGCCCUUAACAGUAUGUAUGCUGGAUAACACAAGUCUAUGGAUGGGUACUACUGAUCUCUCCUGCACCCUCAUGACAUAAUUACAACUGAACCACUUCCAAGAGGAAUGUGUGUUUUAAAGAACAUUGUCGCCGUGCCAGAACCCCAAAACGUGUGAACUAUUUCCAAAUGUGAUUUUGUUUUCUUCCCAUUGAACUUGGGAAAGUGAAAACACUCUCACCUGUUGCGAUGAGCAGAGGUUACGCUGAGUGUGCCGGCUGCGGAACUUUAAUUCUAAGAAAACAAAUGCAUAAGUCUGAAAUUUGACCUUUUAUUUAAUUCAGCAUCAGAAUUUCAGAUUGUUUGAGCAUGUCUGCUCUCCGGGCAUUAAAUCACAGCCCAGAGACUUUUUCUAUCAGAGCAUUUGACUGUUUACACUUUAGUAAAGAAAACUGUAUUCAAAUAGUCAGCCAAGAUUACAAAAGCCAAGAUGCUUGCAAAGCUAGCUGCCAUCUUCUCUUCAUCAUUUCAACAUUCAGUGCCAGGCAGAAAUUUUAAUAGUGCUAAUGUGUGAGUGAUAAUAAUUUGGCUUUUUUUUCAUACAUGCUACCUAAAUCUUUUCUCAAUCCAAGUAAGAUUCCUUUGCUUUGAUCACGUGGAACAUGAAUAGUUGAUUUGGAGCAUCAGAUCUGGGAGCAUCACGUGUCACUUCCUCUUCAAACCUCUGACAGAUUCAUGUAGUUUAGAGGUGUGUGUGCUGCUGUAUCCAUGUGUGUAGACACAUGUGUGUGUUUGUGUGUGUGUGAGCUCUGUCUGAGAGACAGAGUGCCUUCUCAGGUCAAAAGAGAGGUAUGCAGAUACAAAGAAAGCACACCUGUGUAACACACACACACACACACACACAUACACAGUGCCAUACACACACGUAUACACAGCCAAAUCUAUACACACAUGCAAAAAAACCAACACAAGACACAGUGAUGUGCACAUACCGAUUCAUAUCACCCUCAGAGCUGUUUAAAUGUAAUAUUGUGAAAUUUGAACCUGUAUUAGGUUGUGGCUAUUCUUGGUAACAUGUAAACGUAAUAUAAAUGUAAACAGUAUAUAUAAACAUUAUAUCUAUUUUUGGAAUAAAUCCAAUGUAUGGAAAGGCGGUUGUUUUGCAGGUUGCAACGUGUGUAUUGUAUGUGUGUGUGUUGUACUGUUGAAAUGAGGCAAUAAUGAUGUCUGUGUUUCGGUUAAUACCCCAGCAUCAGUUCCUGUUCCUCUGCUACACGCUUCCUACAUGGAGGUUUGGCCGUGUGCAUGUGCGUGAAUGAGAGUCUGUAGCAUGUCCUACAUGUUCUUUUCUUACAGGACGGUUCCGGCUUAUUAGAACCUGGGUCUUAUUUUCAUUGAUCAGUUUUAAACAAAAUACCAGGUUAACUACCGCUACAGCUUUUACCUUCAGUCAUAUCAUUGAUGUGCACAUAUUUAUCCUAAUGAUGGAUUAUUAUCAACUAGAACUACACAAUUUUUUUUUUUUACAGUCAAAUUACUUGUAAUUUUUUCAGGUAAAAAUAUCAAACAAUAUCUAAUAUCAGUUUCUCAGUAUUGAGGAUUGGCAGCUUUUCUUUGUCUGACGUUAUAAAAACCAUAAUAUCUUAUCUUUUGGACUGUUGGCAGACAAAACAAGCAAUUUGAUGGCACCAGUUUUCUGACAGUUUAUAUACCAAUCGAUUAAUCGAUAAAACACUCAUUAGAUUAAUCAAUAAUGAGUGGCAGCCCUAUCAUUAACACUUUGGGUGCACACACUUUCAUAUUUGUUUCCAAAUAUAGUUGAUUCUAUAUAAUCUGACUAAACUGUCUUGACUGCAUGUUAUUAACGUUCAACUUGUCGAGUCAAGCCAAUCGUAACAGAUUGUAGUCGUGGCGAAAACUGCAAAAGCAAGACCCAAGUUGUAAUAAACGUGAAUCUUUUAAGUUUGCGCGCGCCAGACAUGUCGGCCAUGCUUUACUUUAUCUUUCUCCUCGUCUCUCUCUUUCUCAGGGCAGGAGUUGACUUUAAUUGCGUAUAUGCCUACGAAGCGAUUUACAUAGAUCGUUGUAUUUAUUUUGAAAGCACUUUUUCGAGAAGCACUUUUGGUUUGUGUUUGGUGGUGCCAGGUGUCACCGCAUUAAUCCCCCCCUCUCAAAGAGGUGGCGAUGUUUGACUUGAAUGAGUGAAUCAUGUAGAUACUUUAGAGUACUUUUUUUCUUCAAUGCUUUCUGCCAAAGUGUGUCUUCCCACCAGUGCACAACUGGGUUUCUGUGAAGUAGCCUCCUUUCUUGCAAUGGUCUCACAAGCCUAGAUUUAUCUAAAGCAGUCUUUGUUUGAUCCCUCUGAUUUUUUUAGUUUUUUUUUUCAGUCAUGUGAUGGCAUUAUCAGCAGUAGGAGAGGAUGCCACACGUCAAAGAAAGACUUCAUCUCAGAUCAUAGCCAUUUUGCUUUUAUCUGUUCAGCGCUUUGAGCUGUUUGAAGUGGAAGUGCACAGAGAUUAAGCAUUGGUUUAAGUCAGGGUGAGGGGAGAAAAACAGGGCUGUUUUUUGUCAGGGUGUGUACAGGGUCAGAAUACGUCAUCCCGUCUUUCACCGAAACCGAAGCACUGCGUCUGACCCUUACCUUUAUGUUCUUGGUCUGUGUGUGUGUGUGUGUUUGUGUGUCUCCUUCACCUUCAGAGCGGUGUGUGUGUGUGUGUGUGUGGUGUAGCUACCGGUUCGUUGUGAUGUUAUGCAUAAUGGCAUGAGGUACAAUGCAGUCAUCUUUAAGUGCCAUUAAGUUUGCACAUGAGCCUCAUUCACCUCGUUGGGUAUGUGCUGUUUUGUACAGCGUGUGCCCAAAACUUUUAAUUGAGAGACGAUGGGUGUUAAAUUGUCACAUCGUCCCAUUGGAUGCUACUUACACUGAGGCCGUUUCAAAGUUAAAAUAUUUCUUGCAUUAUAGCUCAUUACAUUUGUGUGUGUGUGCGCGUGUGUGUGUGUGUGUGUAGGAAGAGGUGUGAAAGACAGCCGUGUUGUAAAAUGCCUUUUUUGUAAAGUGGACUGAUGCUGGUGUUU